CUGCAAUGGAGCCACAUCCCCCCCCACCUGGGAAACCAGAUAAAAGCCAGGGCUUGGCUGGGCUUUGGUGUUCUCUUCUGGGGUGCUGCCAGCUGAGCUCUCCCAAGAUGAGUCAAGGGGUUGGACCACCGAGCCCCCCGGACGCUGCUGCUGCCCUGCAGCCGGGAACGAUGCUCCGUGCUGAGAGGGAAGGGGCUGCGGGCACAGCCCCGAGUCCUGCUGCCCCUGCCGGCAGGCUCUGGUGCAGAGCCUUCCUGCUGCUGGCCGUGUGUGUGUGCACCACUGCUGUCCCCUAUGGCCUGGGUGUUUUGGCUGCUGUCACCUGGGAUCCCCCGGGCUCCUCAGCCUCCCAGCAAAGGGUGGGUGACAGUUUGGUGACAGCAUGUGGGGACCUCCUCACCUCGGGCUGCUUCCCAGGGGACCAAGGAGUUGUGACCCUUGGGCCAGGUGCUGGGGGACGGAGCCUGGGGACACGGACUGCGGCCACAUGGACAUCUCAGACCUCCCUGGAGUGGCAACCUGGAUCUGGGGACAGGGAAGGGCACAGGCUGAGCCCAGCAAUGGCUGUGACACUGUCCCCUGCACAGUGGCCUGGCAAGAGAGUGCCUGCCACCUCAUCUCGGCUCUUCCAGACCGAGGGUGUCCCCAGCCCUGGCUCCUGGCAUCACCUUACUGAGAGAGGCCUCCACAGAGCAGGACCAGGCUCACAUGGUGCCACAUGGAUGCCAGCAGUGACUUCAGCAGGCACAGCAGAGCCCCAGAGCCCACAGAGGGGGUCUGAGGCCACCUCCAGAGCUUGGAGUGAGCCAGCUGCUGGGCUCCCUGCCACCUCCCAGCCUGUGCAUGUGCUGCCCUUGCAAUUCCGGCUGCUGGGCAUCGCUUAUACCCCGGCUCUGGGCAGCAGGAAUUCAGAGAGCUACCAGCAACUAGAGGGAGAUGUGAGACUGAUGCUAAACCACAUGCUGUCCAGCUAUGAGAGCUUCCUGCAGGCCAAUGUCCUUGAGUUCAUGAAUGGCUCAGUGGUGGUGCGAGGGGAGGUUCUGUUCCGGGGGGAUGCUCCUGCUCCCACCAACUCCCACCUCAUCAGGACAGUCCUCACAGAGGCAAGCAAGGGAAGGAGCAUCUUCAGCUGGCAGCUGGACCCUCAGUCUGUCCAGUCUGGUGGUUUCAGCCUGGAGAACCUGGACCCAGAGAAGCUGUCUGUCUCUCUCACUGGCUUCCAGCUUGGCACGAACAGGAGGAUGGAUCCUCUGGAGAGGCUGGUCAGUGAGGUAAUGUCAUCUGUCAGUGCCCUCUACCACGUGAGGAACUUCACCAUCUCCCAGCUCAGAACCCUCGGUGGGGGCACAGAGGUCACUGGAGACCUCUACCUCGACACAGUUGUCCAUGCUGAUGUUACAGAGGUUCUGGAAGCCCUGACUACGCUCUCAGACCUCUCCAUCGACCUGACAUCCCUCUCGGUGGAGGGGUCCAAGCUUGGCCUGUACGUGUACCCUCUCUCCCUUGUGGUCACCAAUAGACACUUCAGCCAGAAGCUUCAGGAUCCACUCUCUGAAGAGCACCACAAUCUCUCCAUGGACCUUGGUGAUGCGGUGGUGAGAGUCCUGAGUGAUUACCCAACCCUCCUGAAAGUGAUCAUAAAAGAAUUCCUGCCUGGCUCUGUGACCUGCCAUGGGAACAUGAUAUUCCGUCACCCUGCUCCAACCAGUAUGGAAGUUUUGCGGAAGCUUGUGCUCUCAGUCGGGCCAGACCAUGCUUUGGGCGACUCUGACAUCCAUGUGGAUCCAUACUCUCUGGCUGUGGGAGAGGACACCCUGGACCCUCCCUUGUACCGGCCAAGCUUCCCAGCCUAUGGAGUUGCCAUCAUGGUCAUAGGUGGCCUCUGCAUCAUCACUGCACCCAUCGUGCUCGUGUGCCUGGGGACCAAGAAGCUGGGCUGGCAGGGUGGAAGAGCCCUUUGGAACAGAAGAGAUCCUGAAGUGGGGAUCCAGACGUUGGAAAUGGAUAACCAGGGAGUCUGGACAGAGGUGAGUGGCCUUUGCAUCCCUUGGUUUAUUUUCUGUGCCUGGGAGCUGGUGUUUCUGCAGGUCACAGGUUCUUCUGUUACCUGGUGAUGAUCUCUGGGGUUGG